GAAUCAAAUGUAUGUGACCCAAUUUAAAUCAGCCCAAUUAAUAGAACAAUGCGAAAGGCAGCAUCCAAGUUCAAAUCCUAACAUAUAAAUACUGUGAUAAAACCGUCUUAUCAAGAAAUGUAUGUUCUUUGAGUGAUUAGAUGCCUUAGAACGACCACGAGCAAUGUUAUUGUUAGUUCGAGCUUUCUUAGUAGAGUGUCUACCGCAGGUGAAUGUAAAGGACAAAUACAAGUAAAGGCAAGGACGAGAUAGACGAGAUCUCUUCAUAAUUCGGUUACAAGAAAAAUUAAUAUUUGCGAAUUUGCAUGGCAUUCAUCAUAUGAAGGUUUCCGAGCAUGGAUAUUUGCAUUUAAAGUAAAUCCGGCAGAAUUAUUAAAAAUGGACCUACCGCAAUCAAAGCUUUUUGCGUUGACGGCGCUGGGAAUGAGCAGCAUAUUAGUGGGUCUGUUACCAGGAUGUUUUACCAAACAAUCCAGAACACAGUGGCCUCUAUUUCUAAGCUGCCUGCUCUGUUUCGGGGGAGGCGUGUUGCUCUGUACAUCGCUAGCGCAUAUUUUGCCUGAAGCCCGAGAAGCAGCUGCAGCGAACUACAAAAAGUACACGGAACUGAUUUUCUGUCUAGGAUUUUUCAUUUUAUAUCUAAUGGACGAAAUCGUACAUUAUUUUUACGGUGAAAUUGCCGGUCAUAAUCAUAAUCAUGAGGAUGGACAUCUCCCUCAUAUUGACGAAGGAAGUCGUUUACCGGAAAGGUAAGGAUAUGAAACAAAUUUUUGUUUUCAAUUCAAGGCUUUCUUUUAAAUUAAUCCAAUUGUUUAUCAAGACAUGCGAAUUAAACGUUGUAUUUUUGCAAAGGAUUUUUGAAGUGAUAACUU